UCGCUGCUUUCCACCUGAACCAACAUGAGUCCAAAAAAUGUUGUUUUCAAGAAGGUCUGCAAGGACAAGUCGGUUGGAGUCUACAUGGGGAGAAGAGACUUUGUGGACCGCGUCGACUCCGUGGAUCCAGUGGAUGGCGUCAUCAUCAUCGAUCCUGAGGCUCUGCAGGGGAGGAAAGUGUUCGUCACCCUGUCCUGCACCUUCCGCUACGGCAGAGACGACAUGGACGUGAUGGGAAUCGCCUUCCGCAGGGAGCUCUACCUGUCCACCCGCCAGGUGUACCCGCCUCUGCAGGACCGCGAGAAGGGAGUCCACACCAGGAUGCAGGCCAAACUGCUGCGCAAGCUGGGAGACAACGCCUACCCGUUCUUCUUCGAGUUUCCUGACAACCUGCCUUGCUCAGUGGCUCUUCAGCCAUCACCCCAUGAUGUCGGCAAGCAAUGUGCCGUCGAGUUUGAGAUCAAAGCGUUCAGCGCUGAGAGCCAGGACGCUAAAAUACGCAAACGAAGCACACUGAAGCUGAUGAUCAGGAAGGUCCAAUACGCUCCAGAGGAGGAGGCAGUGGCCCCGUCUGUUGAAACCACCAGGGACUUUGUCAUGUCGGAUAAACCGCUGCAUGUCAAGGCCAGUCUGGACAAAGAGACAUACUACCACGGUGAGGCCGUCAAAGUGCACCUCUGCGUCACAAACAACUCCAGCAAAAAUAUCAAGAACAUCAUCGUCUCUGUGGAUCAGGUCGCCACGGUGGUGUUGUAUUCCAAUGACAGCUACGUCAAAUCUGUGGCCAUAGAGGAACCUGGGGAUUCGGUGUCUCCUGGAGCGACCCUGCAGAAAGUCUACACGCUGCUGCCUCUACUGGCCAACAACAAGGAGAGGAGGGGAAUCGCUCUGGACGGCAAGCUGAAGCAUGAAGACACUAACCUGGCCUCAUCGAGCAUUGUCAAAGACGGUGUGCUGAAGGAAGUCAUGGGGAUCAUGGUUUCAUACAGAAUCAUGGUGAAGCUCAUUGUUGGAGGGAUGAUGGGAUCAAGUGAGGUCGGCCUGGAAGUUCCCUUUAAACUGAUGCAUUCUAAACCUGAUGCAGUGAAGGAGAGUGAAAUGGAGGAGGAGAUGGAGUUCCAGGAGUUCAAGCGUUCCUACCUGAAGGGGAUGAUCGAUGACGACGACGAAGAAGGAAACGUGUCCGGUGGUGACGACAUUGCGCCCAAAGAGAAAUAAAGAAGAGAUUCGGAAAG